AUGACGUCCAUGGAGGGUCUUGAAAGAACCUGCCUCGUGAGUGACAGAGACAACAAGAAGUACUCCUUAGCAAUGAGCAGCACACGUCUACUGCAGAAUAAUGCAAGCAAAGAGAACCACAGCAAGGAACUGGUGGUUUCUGGGUCUUCUUCUUCGCACCACUGCCAUGACCACACGGCAACCCAAGAGAGCAGGAAGAGGGAGCGGCAGCAGGCCAACCGCAAGCUCUACAUGGCGUCUGCGAUGUGCUUCAUCUUCAUGGUUGCAGAAGUCAUAGGUGGCCGAAUUGCGGGAAGCCUUGCCGUGAUGAUGGACGCAGCCCACAUGUCGGUUGACUUGAUGAGUUUCCUGAUCAGCCUCUUCUCUCUUUGGCUGACGUCAAAAUAUCCCAGCAAGAGAUUAACAUACGGAUGGCACAGAGCAGAAAUCAUCGGCGCCUUCCUGUCAAUUAUUAUCAUUUGGGCAGUGACUGGUGGGUUGACGUAUUCAGCUGUCCUAAGGCUGCUGCAUCCACAUUAUGAAAUUCAAGGCACAGUAAUGCUCAUCACGUCUGGCUUUGCCGUCAUAGCCAAUAUGAUAUUAAGUCUGAUGUUGUACCAGACGGGACAUCGAAAAGUUCACGAUGGUCAUCACGCCACCUGUCACAUAUCACAAAACAAGCCGGCUUCAGGGAAUGCCAGUGUAAGGGCAGCUUUUGUCCAUGCUGUUGGAGAUCUGAUUCAGAGCAUUAGUGUGCUAAUUAGUGCACUCAUCAUAUUCAUUGAGCCAGAAUACAAAAUGGCUGACUCGAUCUGCACAUUUGUGUUCUCCGUAUUUGUUGUGGGAACCACCAUCACCGUUUUGCGGGACAUUUUGGUGGUGUUAAUGGAAGGAACACCAAAGGGACUGAGCUAUGACGGGGUGAAAGAGCAAAUUCUAGCAGUGGACAAAGUGAAAUCUGUCCACAAUCUUCAUGUUUGGUCUCUAACAAUGAACCAGGCUGUUUUAACUGCUCACGUUGUCACAGUGGAUACUGCAGACAAGGAGCAGACUUUGAAAGAAAUGACUGAAGUUCUGUUCGAUGCUUACAAUUUCCACACGGUCACUCUUCAAAUUGAACCCGAAGCAGACCAAAAACCAGACUGCGUUUUCUGCCAGGAUCCAAGAGAUUAA